AUGACGUCAACGAAAGAUUCACCAUCUGGCUACAGCCAAUUUGCUUGCAUUGGCGCUGGAUUCUCAGGCAUUGCCCUCGGAGCCACGCUUAAGCGAUGGUACGGAAUCACCGACGUUCGUUUCUUCGAACGGCAUAGUGACCUCGGUGGAACAUGGUAUGCGAAUAAAUAUCCCGGCGCUGCUUGCGAUGUACCAAGUGUCCUUUACAGCUACUCUUUCGAGCCCAAUCCCAACUGGUCUCGGGUUCUACCUUCACAAGAGGAGCUUUGGAAGUACCAGAAACACGUUGCGGAUAAAUAUGAUCUACCGUCAAAGAUGACAUUUGGUGUCGAAGUCCAAAGGUGCCAAUGGCUCGAAGAAAAGAAGAGAUGGGUACUUGACGUUCGUGACUACAAGACUGGAAAUAUCUUUCAUCACGAGUGCAGGUUCCUGUUUGCGGGCUCUGGUAUACUGGUUACGCCUCGAGAGAUCGACAUUCCCGGUUCUGAAAACUUCAAAGGAUCCAUCUUUCACACAUCGCAGUGGAGGAGCGACAUUGAUGUCAGAGGGAAAAAUGUCGUCAUCAUCGGAAAUGGCUGUACAGCUGCCCAAAUAGUCCCCUCGAUCGUCGACAAGACAAAACACCUGACCCAGAUAGUCCGUGCCAAGCACUGGAUGCUUCCGCCCAUCGAUGGCGUGUAUACCGACUACAUGAAGUCCAUCUUCAGGUAUCUACCAGGGACUAUGAUGAUACAACGACUUCUGAUAUUCUUGUUCGCCGAGAUUGAAUUGAAGGCAGUCCCUAUGACUACCUCCGCUGCCCAAUUCCGUCAGAAGCGGCGUGCUUAUGCAGAGAAGUUCAUGCGAGACACUGCGCCGGCCAAGUAUCAUGACCUCUUGAUUCCGGACUUCGAAAUCGGUUGCAAGAGACGUAUCUACGAUUCCGGAUACUUAGCAUCACUUCACUCCAAGAAUCUGACUCUGACCAACGAGCGAGCUCUGGAAAUUGUCGAAAACGGAGUCGAGACAGACCGUGGCUUUAUCGAAGCUGAUGUGAUCGUGCUGGCAAAUGGCUUCUCCACCAAUACAUUCCUCGAAGGAGUCGAGAUUGUUGGGCGAGAUGAAACGUUAACUCAGCAUUGGGAGUCAUUUGGUGGAGCCGAAGCUUAUAAUUGCUCUGCUAUGAGUGGCUUCCCAAACUUCUUCAUGCUUCUAGGCCCCAAUGCAACAACCGGUCACACUUCGGCUAUCAUGGCCAUCGAGAACAGUGUCAACUUCGCACUGCGCAUUCUGAAGCCUGUCCUUGACAGCCCCAAUGGAGUUGUUGAACUUGACAGAGACGCUGAAGAGCGGUAUGUCAAUCGCAUACAGGAUGAUUUGUCCAAGACUGUUUGGAACUCAGGGUGCCAAAGCUGGUACAUCCAACCACAUUCUGAGAACAGCCGAAAGCCUGUUUCCUGUUUGGCGCGACUGGAAGAUCACAGGCCAUACUCGUGGUUGUAA